CCGCCAAGGCUGCAUCGGAUUUCACGGGGGCAGAUGCUUUGCUCCGGUGCGUCUCACCUUCGCGAAAUUCCCCAGGUUAACCGACACUUUUGCAAUCAUCAAACCACUGCAGCCUGGGUCAGCUUGCGCAUCACUACCUUCGACGCCAACCUGUCUACCCUCUCUUGCGCCCCCGACUGCACCGCGCACAACCUCUGCACCGCUCCCGACUUGCGUCGAGCCGUACGCGCACCUGUCCAACCUGCUGGCGCUACUGCGCGUUCGACGGAAUAGUUUUACCAAGCGUUACUCCGAACCUGUGCGCCUAGUGCGCCGACUUCUACGCAGUAGGCUACUUUUCGAGCUUCCUGUGUUUGCAGUCGCAGCCGCCGAAUAGAUCUAACAGGAGG